GGUGGCUGGUCUCAGCUAUCCUGCUCUCUGGCAGUGCUGCUGUUUGGCUCCAGAGGUUCGGCUGGGGAUCAUUUUGGGCUCAAAAGCUAACAGAUCAGGCUUUCUGUUGCUUUUGCCAGUAGUUUGACCCAGAAAAGCUGUCUCACAGCCAUCAGGAUGAGGUCUGUAGGCUGUGGACCCAUCAGGAGUGUGCAUUGGGACCCUCAGAGGGCAGCACCUGAAGCUUUGGAGGUCUCUGAGCCAGGACCAUGCUGUCCUCACAGGUAGCCGUCAGGGCUCGGGGACAGGACACAGGGUGCCACCAGCAUCUCAUGGGACAGGAGGCCAUGCCCAGCCCAGAUGUCUCCAUCAGAGGGUGCUGUGAGACCUGCUCAGCACCCAGAGGUCCCAGCAGAGCUGUGUGGCUGAUAUGGUGCUGCCAGACCCAGAGACAUCCCUGUGUCCAGACUGGACCUGGUCACCAGGAGCUGCCACUGGAUGGGUUGUAUCUCCUCGUAGCUGGGUCCUGUAGAGCUCCAUGAGCACACAUCUCAUUUUUAACCCACUUUGCCUUUCAAAAGCAGCCCCAUCACCAGCAGGACCAUCUUGAGACCCUGGAUGUCUGGACUUGGGGAUGCUUUUAUGUCUGGCUCUGACUGUGGGAGGUGAAAGCAGUGCUGGGGCAGUUGUGUCCCACCUCUGGGGAUCAUUACCACACUGACCAUGCAGAGUGGGACAACCAGGUCCCACUGGUACCUCCCAGCACAUUGGGGUCAUGCAAACAGCAUUUGGGAGCUCCCAGCCAUGCACAGGACAAACCAGUGCACUGUGGCCAUCUCGUCUCAUCUCUCCUUGCAGGGAACACCGAAUGGAGCCCCUGUUCCCAAGCUGCUCCUUGGGCAUGUCAGACUCUUCCUUGUUCCCUGCUUUUCCUGUGUCAGAAAAGUUAAUUCUAGUGAAGGAGGAGGAAGAGAAAGGUAACAGAAUGGCUUUUGGUCAGGGGUAGCACCAGAAAGCCCUUUCCUCCUAGGUCUGGUGUUGGUGCAGUAGUUCAGGGCUCUUUGGUAGGGUUUUCAUCAGGUGGGACCUGUCCCAACAUCACCCCAUGGCUGCUGUGGGGUAGAUGGGCUGCAGGGAGCUCCUCUCCAUGCCGAGCUGCAGUGGGGUUUGCAGAGGGGUCUGCCCCAUGCAUGUGCCUGCAGCAGGGCUCUCCCCAGCAGCAGUGGCUGGUCUGGUGGCCUGGCUGAGCGUGGUGACAGCUCAGCAUGGUCCCUUGGAGCAUCAGUAGCAUGGGGGCAGCCUGGUGGUGGUGAAGAUCAUGACAGAGAAGGAGCUCCUGGCUGUGGCCUGCGAGCAGUUCUUGGGGAAGAACGUGCAGGAUGUGAAGAACGUGGUCCUUCAGACGCUGGAGGGACACCUGCGCUCCAUCCUAGGUACCCUGACAGUGGAGCAGAUCUACCAGGACAGGGAUCAGUUUGCCAAGCUGGUGCGGGAGGUGGCAGCUCCCGAUGUGGGUCGCAUGGGGAUCGAGAUCCUGAGCUUCACCAUCAAGGAUGUCUAUGAUAAAGUGGAUUACCUGAGCUCCCUGGGCAAGACUCAGACUGCGGCUGUCCGGAGGGAUGCAGACAUUGGGGUGGCAGAAGCUGAGCGAGAUGCUGGCAUUCGGGAGGCGCAGUGCAAGAAGGAAAUGCUGGAUGUCAAGUUCAUGGCAGAUACCAAAAUAGCAGAGUCCAGACGGGCUUUUGAAUUGCAGAAGGCUGCCUUCAGCGAGGAGGUCAACAUUAAGACCGCGGAGGCCCAGCUGGCCUACGAGCUCCAGAGUGCCCGGGAGCAGCAGAAGAUCCGCCAGGAGGAAAUUGAAAUCGAGGUGGUGCAGCGCAAGAAGCAGAUCGAUGUGGAAGAGAAGGAGAUCAUCCGCAAGGAGAAGGAGCUGAUCGCCACCGUGAAGCAGCCGGCCGAGGCCGAAGCCUACCGCAUCCAGCAGAUCGCCGAGGGCGAGAAGGUGAAGCAAGUCCUCCUCGCUCAGGCGGAAGCGGAAAAGAUCCGCAAGCUCGGGGAAGCGGAGGCUUUUGUGAUCGAGGCCAUCGGGAUGGCGGAGGCUGAGCGGAUGAAGCUGAAAGCCGAAGCGCUCCAGCAGUACGGAGAAGCCGCCCAGCUGGCUCUAGUGCUGGAUGCGCUGCCUGAGAUCGCUGCCAAAGUGGCUGCUCCCCUCUCCAAAGUGGACGAAAUCGUUAUCCUCAGUGGAGAGAACACCACCACGACGUCGGAGGUGAACCGUCUGCUGGCUGAGAUCCCUGCCUCCGUGCGUGCCAUCACCGGUGUGGAUCUCACAAAGAUUCCCCUGAUCCAGAAAGCCACCGGAGCCCAGGCAUGAGGCUGGCCAAGGCAAAGCUAGUGAAGAUCACUCCCUGUUAAUGCACUCAGACAUCAACUGCCUUCAACACGUGGGAAUUCCUUUUAUAUCAAAGACAAUCAGAGUUUCAUUUUGAAGCUCUGGUGCCUUAUUUUCUAGGGCCAGAAGGUUGCAUGUCCGAUCAGCUGCUCUUUUUAUUACAAAGGGAAGAGGGGGGGGGAUUUAUUUUGUAAUUAACUGUAUUGUCCCAGGCUGGGGUUUGGAUCCAACCCCCAGCUACGACUGGCAGCUUGUCUGGUGUUGCAAUCCCAGUGCCUUGCUGUUCUCUGUCCUCGGAGCAGAGGCUCUGGGGGACGUGGAGCUGGAGGAAGAGAACAGCCAGGACCCAUCUCCUCUUGGCUGUCUGUCCUCCUCCUGGGCACUGCCCAACCCCUGCCUCUGCCCAUAGCCUGUUCCUGUGGCUUUCCCUGUUGGAGUGUCUCGGGAUCUCUGCAGUCCUGCCCAGGCUUAGCUUCCCAGAGGUGGCAAUGAUCAUGGUGCCCAUUCCCAUGCUGCCUUCCCUCAGGGAAGUUUCCUCCUGGGAUGUGGAGGGGGAAGAGCCCAACUCAGCCCUGGUCUGAGCCAGGCUUGGCAAGGUUCCACCGCCAGGAAUGGCGAAAGGUAGCACUGUGCCAAAGCCACCGCAUCCUUCGAGAGGGACGUGAAACGACUGUGGUGGCUGUGCCCGAGUGCCCCACAUCUUGACCCCCUCAGCUCUUGGUUCCAUGGGUCAGAGAGAGGUUGGGGACCGGGCAGGCACUGCGGUGGGGACGGGGACCAGCACCCAGGGCUGGCGCUGUGGCUCUCAGUGCACGCAGUGCAGAAGCCCCUACCUCGCUCAGUCCCCUUGCCUCUAUGGCCAGUGGCUUUGCUGCCCUGAGUGACAAUGUGAAAGAGGUUGUCCCCUGUGUGUGUCCCAUACAGGGCCCUGCGCUGGCCCGUGUCCCUUCCAUGCCUGUGCUCAGUGUGGCUGUUCCCAAACCCAUGUGUGAAGCCAGCUAUGGGGUGCUGGCUCCCUCACAUUGCCAUAGGGUGGGUGCAGGGACUCGGCUCCCCUCCACCUCCUGUCAUUGCCCUUUGCUGGCCAUUCCCUUUGCCAGGAGUGACCCACGGUCACAGAUGGGUGCUGUGGGGCCGGUGGCACCCUGUCCCUUUCCCUGCCGUCGGGGUGGGGAGGGAUGGCGUUAUCAGCCCCCGGCGUGUGGUGGUGCCGCGGGCGCAGAUGCGGUGCUGCCGGCGGGUGUGCCGGGCGUUGUGCCCUAUCUGCCUGCGCUGUGCAUGGCUGUGUCCCUGCCACCCUCCCUGCUGGACGAUAAUAAAGCCUUGUCACCGUG